AUGAACUCUUUUGAGCUGCAGGAUGAGCUGCAAUCUCUGCAAGAAAUAGAAGAGUACGAAAUACCCAAUGAUGAAUAUCUCUCUUCACAAGACCCAGAAACGUUGUUGGAAGCCGCCGUCGAGUCGAUUGCAGAAUCAAGCGACUCAAUACGAGAUCCAGACAUCUUUAAUGCCUAUCGAAGUCUUUUGAAGCAUCCAAACGCGGUGCCGGGGCCUGUGAUGAGCAAGUUGCUCGACUCAAUAUCCUCAGCUCUUCAAGCAGAAUUGGAGGCGACCCAACGCGACGUGGAAACAGGAGACCCACAAGUCUGUGCAAACCACAAGAUGCCGUUGGAGAUGUACGCGUUUUUACUCUACUGGUUCGUUAUCGCUUCAGAAAAGGUCAAAGCGUCAGAAGAGACAGAGGCUGCUCCAGCAAAGGGAAGGAAAGGAAAGGGAACAAAGGCGACAUCACGAGCGGCGGCAAACAAGAAGACAGACACAGUGUGGACGUGGAAAGACCAGAUUGUGCCAACUCUCAAUCUCAUCAGCAAGAUUCUCCGCCAUCUUCAAACCCAGCGCAUCUGGACAACAACAGCUGAAAGGGACACUUUUAUCAACUGCAUCACGCGCCCCGCGUACCAUGUCAUGGAAAGCGAAGCUUACAUGAAAAACCAGGACAUCAAGAUGUCGGUGUUCAAAGUCAUAUGUCUCUCCGUCAAGCAUCACAACCAAGCCAUGGCGGUUCAAAUCACCAUCAUGCAGUCUCUUCAGUUCUACGAGCACCUUUCUGAACCCCUGGCGGAAUGCCUCAUCAUUCUCUCGAACGAAUUCGCGUCUACCCAGCUGGCGGACGAGGUUUUGCGCGAAAUUGCGGGCAAGACGUUUGGCAGUCAAGAGACUAAAGGACCGCGAGCGUUUGCUAAAUUCCUGAUUAAGUAUGCGGAGGCAUGCCCUCGGCCGGUGUUGAAGCAGCUGAGUCUACUUUUGGGUCAAUUGGAUUCCGAGUCUUAUCCCAUUCGUCAAGCAAUUAUCGAAGUCCUAGGCUUCAUCAUCGCCGACCUAGCAGGUAUUGACCCACAAGACGCCGACCGGAAACAGACCCAAAAGCAAAUUAAUAACCUCUUCAAUGUACUUCUUGACCGGCUCCUCGACGUAUCGGGCUAUGUCCGUACGAGGGUCUUUGUCGUCCUCGGCAAGCUAGCCCAGCACAAGAGCAUCAAGUUCCCGAAGCAGCGGCUGGCAAUUGCAAGCAACGCUGUAGAGUCGUUGGACGACAAGAUUGCGUCUGUGCGCAAAUCUGCCAUAGCGUUGCUCACGCAGUUGAUCUUGACCCACCCGUAUGGAACAAUUCACGGUGGAACUCUUCAGCGAGAAAUUUUUGCGGAAGAGUACCAAAAGAUUGUGGACCAGCUUGAUAAGUAUGAGAGUGCCGUGGGCAACGCUGUGCAAGGUGCUGCCGACGAGGAAGAAGACGAAGACGAAGACGGGGAUGAAGAUGACGCUGAAGGCGAAGAUGGCGAAGAGGAAGAAGUCGAUGAGGAUGGACAGCCCAAGAACAAACGGUCGAAAAAGUCUAAGAAACAACGGGAUGGUGAUGACGCCACAAUGGACGUUGACGAUGACGGAGGCGACACUGAACCAGACGAGAUGUCCGUCGACGGGGACGACGAGAAUACUACUCCUAAAAAGUCCAAGAAGAAAAAGGGCUCGAAGCUCAAGCGUCGCAAAUCGCAGAUCGACAUCGAGGCACUGAAUAAGGAGCAAGAAGUCCUAGCGACAUUCGAUGAGCAGGAGAUCAACACACUGAGGUUGCAAAAGAAAUACUACGCUGAUGCGUUGACAUUCAUUGACCAGAUUGAGAACGCCAUGGAGCCAAUGUGCAAGCUUCUCGGGUCAACAAGUAAAGCUGAAGUGUUGGAAGUGAUGGAUUUCUUCCGCGUUGCAUUUGAAUAUAAAUUCGACAGCGCACACGAAGGAAUCAGGAAGAUGUUGCAUCUCAUCUGGACCAAGGACAACACCACAACUUCCGAAGACGGAAAGGAGCUCAAGGGAAUCCGCCAACGUCUGUUGGAGACCUACCAAAGCCUGUACCUUGACCCCACGGCUGAUGACAAACCAAAAGAACAAGUCAACCGUAUCACAAAGAACCUCGUGGAACUUACGUACGAGUCAACAUUGGCAGAACUUACCAGUUUAGAGGAAAUGAUGCGUAUUAUGAUGGAAUCGAACCGGAUACACCACGACGUUAUUGCACGAUUGUGGCAGGUUUACGGCAGAGACAAACAUCUACCAAAGCCUCAACGACGAGGCGCUAUCAUGAUCAUUGGCAUGCUUGCCUUGUCUGAUCAGAGCAUCCUUACCGAAAAGGUUGACCUUAUGCUGAAAGUCGGCCUUGGACGUCUCGGAAAGACGGAUCCAACUUUAGCACGCUAUACCUGCAUCGCUCUACAACGUCUAAAUGGAAGUGCUAAGAAAGUUAAAGGUUCUCUCGAGGACAAAGUUCAUCGCAUCGACAUGGACAACGUCAUCUUCCGCAAGCUUCAAGACGCUAUACUCUAUCCGUCACGAACCAAGGAAUGGUUCGGUAUGGCUGAGCAAGCUAUCAACACCGUCUAUGCGCUGGGCGAGCACCCCGACCUUUUUUGCAACGAAGUCAUCAAGAAGCUGACCAUCAGAGCUUUCAGUCGACCUCAGAAAGAGAAAGACAUGACUGAGGCAACGGAUGACAAGGAUAAGGAAGCAGAUGCGGCAAUGAACGAGGAUCAGGCUGGGGAUGUAACAAUGGCUGAUAUUACGAUGCAAGAUGCGACUCAGGCUACCCAAGCAACACAGGAUGACCAAGAUAAACAGUUCGGCGAGGCUUUCGAACUGAGCCAACUUCUUUUUGUUGUGGGUCACGUCGCUAUCAAGCAUGUCGUCUUCUUAGAGUUGGUGGAGAGGGAGUGGAAGAGACAGAAGGAUGAGAAGCAAGCUGCCGAAAAACUCGCGAAUGGAAACCUGAAAGGCAAUAAAGACGGCGAAGAGUUGGACCAGGUUGCUGGCAAUGCCGAAGACGAGAUCGGCGAGCGCAUCCAUGCCAUCAGAGAAACCGAACUACUCUAUGGUCCUCAUUCUCUGUUGGCGAUGUAUGGUCCUAUGAUCGUACACAUAUGUGGUAGCCCGCACAAGUUCAAGAACCGUACGCUCCGAGCAGCUGCCACACUGGCAUUCAGCAAGUUCCUGUGCGUGAGCUCGCAAUUCUGCGACGCACACCACCGCCUGCUGUUCAAGAUCCUCGAAACGUCCAAGGACUCUAACAUCCGGAGCAACAUCGUCAUUGCGCUUGGUGACGUAGCAGUGUCAUUCAGCAAUAUCAUCGAUGAGAACAGCAAUGAGCUCUACAAGGGUCUCUCUGACAAGCACUUUGUCGUCAAGAAGAACACGCUGAUGGUGCUCACGCAUUUGAUUCUGAACGGCAUGAUUAAAGUGAAGGGUCAGUUGGGCGAGAUGGCGAAGUGUUUGGAGGAUCCAGAGCCGCGCAUUUCGGACCUGGCGAAACUGUUCUUUAAUGAACUAUCAACGAAGGAAAAUGCGAUUUACAACAAUUUGCCUGAUGUCAUCAGUCAUCUUUCGACGGGCGAGCAUGCAGUGGACGAAGAGACCUUCCAAAGCACAUUGCGAUUCAUAUUUGGCUUUAUCGAGAAGGAAAAACAAGCCGAAUCACUCGUCGAAAAGUUGUGUCAGCGUUUCCGACUGACCGAAGAACCUCGUCAAUGGCGCAACAUUGCCUUCUGCUUGUCGCUACUACCAUUCAAAUCCGAGCGCUCCGUGAAGAAGCUUAUCGAGGGCCUGCAGUUCUAUCGCGACAAGCUGCACGAGCCGGCGGUAUUCGAGCGCUUUACCGAGAUUCUGGCAAAGGCUAGGGCGAACAAGUCGAAGGAUAAACCUGAUUCGGAACUGAACGAGUUCGAAAAGAUUCUGGAAGAACAUAAAGCGCAAGGCCAGGAAGACCAAGCACUCGAGAAGCGCGUCGAAGGCAAGAAAGCCGCUGCUCGGAAAAAGGCCGCGAAACGAUCCGCUCGCACGAAAAAGGCCGCUCCUGCGCCUGUGGCGCAAGACGACGAUAUGUACGAGAGCGAUUGA